AUGAUUCGUUCGUUAUACACUGUGUCACCACUACGUCAUUUUCUACGGUCUUCAAGACCUUUGGGCCCCUCAAACUUGUCCAUAUUGAGCAUAUCUUCAUCACGGCUGUUUUCCAUAACUUCCAGAUCGUUCAAUGCCGUAAAACAAGUCGAACCACUCGUCCACCAAGUUCCCGUGUUUUCUCCAGAAGAAAAAGAAGCCGCAAAAAAAGCCCGUUUAGAAGGUUUGGGGCCCUAUGUGUCCAAGCUUCCACAGAGAUGGAUCCCAUACGCUGAAUUGAUGAGACUCGAAAAACCUGUGGGCACUUUACUCUUACUUCUUCCUUCAUUCUGGGGAAUUACAAUGGCCGCCUAUGGAAUUGGUGCUCCGGUUUUGACCACGUUAAAGGUGGUGAGUCUCUUCAGUAUUGGUGCCUUGGUUAUGAGAGGUGCUGGAUGUACUAUCAAUGAUCUUUUGGACCGAGAUUUGGACAAUAAAGUUGCAAGAACGAUGGAACGACCCAUUGCAAGUGGUCGAGUUUCUGUUCCACAAGCCAUAACUUUCCUUGGAGUUCAGUGUUUUGCUGGCUUGGGAGUCCUUUUGUCUCUUCCAUUUGAAUGCUUUUACUUGGGCGCACUUUCCUUACCAUUCGUUGCAGCUUAUCCUCUCUUUAAAAGGUUUACAUACUAUCCUCAAGCUAUGCUUUCUAUAUGCUUUUCUUGGGGUUGCUUGCUUGGGUUCCCUGCUGUGGGGGCUCCAUUGAACCUUUUCGUGGCUGUGCCUCUCUUUAUUUCUAAUUUUUUGUGGUGUAUGAUCUACGAUACCAUUUAUGCCCAUCAAGAUAAAAAAUUCGAUAUUUCUGCUGGCAUCAAAUCCACCGCCCUCAAAUGGGGUGACAAGUCCAGACCCUACAUGAAUGUGCUUGCGUCUGGUCAGGCUGGGUUAUAUGCUUUGUCGGGUUUCAUGAACAAUAUGGGACCCGGGUUCUAUUUGACGGGAGCUUGGGGCUUCGCCAGGUUGUUCUCUCAAAUCAAAAAUGUCAAUUUAGACGACCCCAAAAGCUGCUGGAAAGCGUUCACCGGUAACAUUAGAACCGGGUUCAUUUUCUGGUUGGGGAUGGUCGUGGACUAUAUCAUGUUGAUGUGUGGUUGGAACUUUUUUUAG